AUGGCGGCGACUGUGGAUCAAGAGGCUCGCGCCGAGUAUGACGCUUGGAUCCGCAGCGACUGGGCGUUAGGUGUUGACUCCACGAAGUUCAACAAUUUCUUCCGUAGCAGAAUAACCCUACACCAGGUCUUGUCGUGUAUUGAUGUCAGCGUUUCGAUGUAUCGGCAGCUCGGUGAGGAAGAGGAGGAUGAUGAGGAAGACGACGACGACGCUUGUAUGGCAUUAAUCAAGAAGUCAUCAGCCACACGCAUGCUACGUCUACAGCUGUUUGACGGUCGCGAACAUCAGGUGGCGUAUGAGUAUGAGCCUAUAGCUUGCCUGGAUGUGUUCCACGCGAAUCGCUUGACUGGCAAUCCAGUGCGAUGCUGUGGCAAGAUAGCUUUAAUGAACUCACCGGUAGAGCGCCGAGGAGUGCUGUGGUUGACGCGCCACAACGUAAAAUUGGUGUUUGAGGGGUUUGAAUGCCGUAAGAACUGUGAAGCUGGGUCGUCUAGCCCUGUCACACGUGCCGUGGAUUCCAUCCCCGCUCCUGCCCAGGCGCUGCCCGCUACCGGCAUCAAUUUACCGCAUAAUGAAACAAGUUGCCCACCGCAGGAACGGGUUACAAACGCUCACCGUGCAUGUAUAUCGUAUUGCGCAGACGAUUUUGACGAGGCAUCGCAGAAGCGCGCUGCUGGCGGCAUUUUGGACUUCGAGUUACCUGUAAAGCGAUUCAACGCUCACACGGUAGACGAAAGGAUAUUAUCACCAGUGGAACAGUAUUUUCCAAGCGGUUCAAGUUAUGUGGAAUUCUCAUACACGUCAUAUCUCGUGCGUUCAAAUGCGGUGGCCGGUGACGAGUCGUAUGAAAAAUUCACACACAAGUUUUUGCGCACCUAUGGUUUCAUGGGUUGCUUUUCUAUCGCACAAGCACUGUCAAGCAUCAACAGGUCACCAGGAUUGCAAGAGCCAUCGGAUGAAUGGCUUUCCGACAACGCCCACUUCGGCUUCUUAGAACACGCUGUUCCACUGGAUGUCAUUGAGCGCAGCGACAUUUCCGACGUUGCCAGUAAUGAGCUCCGUGAAGUCGGAUUAGAUCACACCGGUGGGUUGUGGCUGGUGAAUUUAAAUGAUUGUUCCGCGUGUUUCUUCUGCUUGGUGUCAGUUGAAACGUUAGGAAUAUCAUCUUCCACGCCACUGGCGGUUUCGCGAUUGAUCAACGCAGUUAACGGCUUUUUUGAGGUAAGACGGUUCAGGAGCGGCGCGUGUCACCUGCAUUGGAUAUCACAAUACCGAAGAAACCUAGACGACGAAGAGUUCGCAACGAGAACCCGUGCCAUUCAGGCAGAAUUUGAGCGUAUGGAAGCGCUUAUGGACUUUUAA